AUGUUGUCUUCUUUUUGUUUCGCCAUCCCCUCAGCAAGUUUUUUGGCAAUACGCUCUUGUCGAGCACGGUUUAUUUCUUCAAACUCACCCUUCCGUUUGAGGGUUUUGGCUUUGAGCUUGCUCUUGGAUCUUAAAGACUUUGCCAUUGCUUAUCUGGCUAAUCUCAGAACUCAAAAGAGACUUGCUGCCUCCGUCGUUGGCGUGGGUAAGAGAAAGAUCUGGCUCGACCCCAAUGAAACCACUGAGAUCGCCAACGCUAACUCGCGUGCUGCCAUCAGAAAGUUGUACAGAAACGGCCUCAUUGUGAAGAAGCCUGACACUGUGCACUCUAGAUCGAGAGCUAGAGCCUUGGCUGAAUCCAAGAGAGCUGGUAGACACACCGGUUACGGUAAGAGAAAGGGUACCAAGGACGCCCGUAUGCCUCAACAAGUUGUCUGGAUGAGAAGAUUGAGAGUUUUGAGAAGAUUGUUGGCCAAGUACAGAGACGCUGGCAAGAUCGACAAGCACUUGUACCACACUUUGUACAAGUCCGCCAAGGGUAACGCCUUCAAGCACAAGAGAAACUUGGUUGAACACAUCAUCGCUGCUAAGGCUGAAGCUCAAAGAGAAAAGGCCCUCAACGAAGAAGCUGAAGCUAGACGUGCUAGAAACAAGGCCGCCAGAGAGAGAAGAGCCCAAAGAAUUCAAGAAAAGAAGGAUGCUCUUUUGGCUGACAACUAG